CAAUUGGCUUUCGCAUAUCAGUACAUAGCAUAAAUAAAAACUUCAAUUUGUUUUGUUAAUAUUUCUCUUCAAUAUUAACUUUUAGCUAAAAUUAACAAUUAAAAAUUAAAAGUGAUAAAAUCAAACGAAUUUAUUAAUUUUAUCAAUCGUGUUAAAACCAACAAUUGCUAAAUAACUUCAAAUGAAAUGACAAACAUAAAUCAACUCGAAUAAAAAUAAUCAAUCAAUGGCUGAGUAUCAAUUAUUCGAUGAGACGAAUGGAUAUCGCUAUUCGUAUUGUAGAUUGCGUUUGUUUGUCGCUCUAUAUGUUCUAACCACUAUAGCAGUGUUUACGUAUUGGAAUGCCUUUUACACUCACCCGUUGGUGUACCCUCCAAACUUAUCAGAUGUCCCUGAGUGGUGGUACAAACGAGCAUUCUACUAUGCCAAUAACAUACACGAAACUACAAACAUAUCACAUGACUUUCGAAUCUAUCAACUGAACCAUUUUAAGAAUUCCUCCAAGAAUUCCCUGCACUAUGAUGUCAAGGAACCGCCUGACUACGAUGAGACCAUUUAUCGUGUCAAAGAAGAAACGCCCAUGAAACGUCUUGUUUGCUACUACACCGUUCCAACUCCCUUGAAACAGAUGGAUGCUCUGCGAUUGUCUGAAGUGGACGGGUACCUCUGUACGCACAUAAACAUUGGCAUUGCAGAUGUCCAAAACAAUACCAUCACCCUGACAGAUGAUCUUCGAGCGGCUUUGAACGAAAGCCGCAGCCUUCGCACAAAGAACCCUAACAUUAAAAUACUCCUCUGGGUAGGAGGGGCCGAUUCGAAUGGAUUCGUUGAUAUGGUUCGCAAUCAUGCGAAUAGGAAAAUUUUCAUACAGUCUCUGAAGAAAAUUCUAAGCAAUCAUUCGUUGGACGGUGUCGAUCUCGAUUGGGAAUUUCCAACGGCUUACAAUAGAGAGCGACAGCAUUUUUCACAACUAUUGCGUGAAAUUCGUCAGGAGUAUAUCCGUGAAAGGAAAAACUAUCUGCUGACCGUUGCAGUGGCGGCUGCGGAGGGUAUAGCUUUGUUUGCUUACGAUGCGAGAGAAAUUAACUUGUAUGCUGAUUUUGCUAAUAUUAUGACUUACGAUUAUCAUUUUUAUGCUAGGAGUACACCAUUUACUGGUUUAAACGCACCAUUAUUCGCACGCUACAAGGAACACUCAAUCUUGGGGACAUUGAAUAUUAAUUAUUCGGUUAAUUUUUGGCUAAAGAGUGGACUUGAUAGACAAAAAUUGGUGGUGGGACUACCUACUUAUGGACAUUCCUUUACUUUAGUUAAUCCCUUUAACAAUGGUAUAGAAAGCCCAGCUAGUGGUAUUGGUGGUGUGGGUAGUAUGGGCUUUGCUUCUUUUUCAGAAAUAUGCUGGUUCAGACAGAACAAUAUAUUCCUAACAACAGUAUUCGAUGAAGUUACAUGUUCGCCAUAUAUUUACGGUGGAACUGAAUGGAUAUCGUUUGAAGAUGAGAAAAGUGUUGCUUGCAAAACAAAAUACAUCGCAGAAAAUGAUUUGGGUGGGGCAAUGAUUUUUUCGCUUAAUACUGAUGACUAUAGUGGAUUUUGUGACCCAAAAUCGAAAUCAAAUAAUGUUGAAAGGUCAACAAAAGAAGAUUACUUGAAGUUUCCUUUGGUGCAAACGGUCAAAGCGAUACUUUUUGAUGGGAAAUAGAGAACUUUAGAUUUUUAUUUUUUGUAUUGUUUAUUUGUUAUAGAUCUAUGGAGGAAUGCUGUGCUGUGUAUACUGUAUAUAUGUUAUAGUUAUGUAUGUUUUAAAUAAUAAUGUAAUAUUGAUUGAGUCAUGAUAAAUAGACGUAAAGAAAUCUCAA